GGGAAAUCGCGGCGCCUGUUUGAUCUCCAGUCUUCAGUUGGAUUCUCAUUCCUUGAACCCCUAACAUUACCCUGAAUUUACUUUACCAUCGGACCGAUCUUUGGUGUGCAUAUUCGAUCAAUCAGUUUGGGGUGGCUUUUGAUCUGACAGCUGCACUUUUUCUCCGCGUUUCACUAGUCAAGUUACAGAGGGCACUCGCUCCUAUCUCCGGUUUCUUCUGAUCUCAUGGGCCCGGCAACCACCGAUACCUGAUUUCGAGUCUCACAUCCAACCUGGAAGAUUGACAGCUCAAUUGUCCUGGUUCUAUGAUCAGUACUGCCUUCCGAUCUCUACGAAUCGAGCGAACUUUGGCCAUUUGGAAACCCAACGGCGAUCAUCGGGCUUUGUCUCGCGCCUCCGUCGAAAUCAGAAGUACCGCCUUCUUCACGCAGCAUUCGCCUUAAGUAUUCUACCCGAGAAGGACGAAGGAAGGAAAAGAUAAUAAAAAAAGGAUCUCGACUGCCUAUCCAUGCGUUCAUAAUCCUGCUGUCGCAGCGUUAGUCGAUCAUGCUUCACCUCAAUUCUCUCGCCUGUCUCGUGGAUAUUUUAAUUCAUUAAUUGACCGUUGAACACGGAUUGGCCAUCAACCUUUCAAUUUACUUAUUUAUUCUCGCUUUCGUCCUCCGCUAUGCUUUCCACCAUGACACGCCCAGAGGAUUCGAUCCGAAUGCCUCGCUCAUACCGUGGUGACGUUGACGAGGACGAUGCGAGCAGGCGAAUUCCGGAACUUAAUAUUCUUUCUUCUUCGUCAUCGUCGUCAUCUUCAUCCAAUACUGAGGCGCUAGAAAAAAGUGAAGAUGAAACAACGCUCGUAAACGGAUCUGCGGGCGACAGGGUUGGCAAUGUUGGCAAACCUCACACAGGGCCUCGACUUCUCUCACCCGACGAGACUAUUGAACUUGCUCGUUGCGCCGUGGACAGUGGGAUUCAAGACACGAAACGCUCUUUGGCAGGAAGCGAAGCAGUCAGUGAUGUCGUGAAACCAAAGUUGACUAUCGACCUGGGUCAUUCGAACAUCGUGCGCAUUCCGGAACCAGUGGUGGACAUAAUUAAAGAUGAAGUCGAGCGACUCUCCUUAUCAAACAACCAUCUGUCUCACAUUCCCUAUCGUUUUGCAGAGUGUUUCCAUCUUCGGUACCUUAACAUUAGAGCGAACAACUUCCGGGAAUUUCCUAAGGGUGUUUACAAAUUGCCGCUCCUCGAAAUCUUGGAUCUCAGCCGUAACAAGAUCAGCCAUCUUCCCGAAGAAAUCAAGAAAUUGACUUCUCUACGGGUUCUGUCUGUGAUGCAGAACCGCCUUGAUGAUCUGCCCCUUGGGGUAUCUGAUAUGAAUAAGCUUCAGAUCCUGAAGGUUGCUGGAAACCCCUUGCGGAAUCCUCUACGAGAGCUCUUAGAGAUUUCAGAAACAGAUAUUGCACCCUCCACCAUGACAGAUAACGAAAAAGAGGUCGCGGUAACUGCAGUGCUAAAACGAUUCCUGAAGAAUGAACAGCUCAGCACGACACCAGAGAAUGAAAAGGGCACCGAUGCAAGUGAAGCGAUCUGGGACACCCCUAAACCCGUCAAACGUGGAAUAAGCAGCCGCUUCCCGGUCAUCCCAAGUACAGGCGACAUCUCUUCUGAUCCCAAAUCACCGUCGCUGUCGCGGCCUCCACCAAUUCCACUUAAAUCCCACUACCGUAUUGCCUCCGGCCAGAGCAUAGCGUUCAACAGUAUCCUCCCGCGACCCGGAACAUUUAUCCCUGGUGUCAAUGAACGCAACCGGAGUAACAGUGAGGGUAUUAUCCAGGCAUCUAUUGCCGCGCGAAGUAAACGGAUGGGGGGCAUCAGGAAAAAUGCCGACCUCGGGAGAUUGGAUGAGACCCAGCCGUAUCGGAACAGUCACCUUCGUGGUCUCAGUCAUGGGUCGAUCCUUCGCCCAAGAGCACCGGGCGCGGCAGGCAGUAAUUCGUCCAGCCCAAGCAGCCCAAGGGAGCGUAGGCGCUUGAAGGAUUGUUUUGUAAACCGGAUGUCAAGCCUGCCGGAACAAAAGUGUGAAAGAAAGGCAAGGGAAUCGAUUAUCGAGUGUGGAAAGGGGGUCUUGUUUGCCCUUUUUCAGGUUCAGUCUCAUGUAUAUGCUUUGAUCAACGUGAUCAAACGCGAUGAUACCCGGCGAAACAGUCUCGAGAUUGUCUUUUAUAACGCCUCUACUCACGUUGACCGGCUCAACGAAGCUCUUGAGUAUGCGGAAAAUGCUCAACUAGAUGAUGCUGACUUGGUACGGCUAUCCAACGAAGCAGUUAAAAGGGAAUGCGAGACGUGUAUCAUGGCAUACACUCACGUUGGGACGCAGCUGCGCAAUAGCCUUGGCAAGAUUGUCGCCAAUGCAGAUUCACGCUAUGUACGUUCGCUGAUGCUAAUGAUCUACAGUAGCAUCAUUGAGCUUCGCAAUGUUUGUGUGAGCCUCGGUGUUCCACUGCACACUCGCAAACGUCUCUCUUCCACCAAUCCGCCUAUACCGGAAAUACACAGAGAGAUGGUUGCCUCGGAUAGACUCACUGGAUCAACGGUGACCCCAACUAGAGGCAGGGCGCCGUCUCUCUCGGUGCGUCGUUACCGGAGUGACACCACUAUUCAGCACCCUCAGAUCACCACCAGUGGGCCAUUACAGACAGCAUCCAAUUUCCAUUCUGCGAUUAGCUCACCUGGGUUUGUCUCCACCCCAUUUAGUUACGCAGCACGGAGUCGAUCAAGUAGUCGGUCAAACCACAUAAACACAUCGAUACCCUCGUCCCUCGCGACUCCCCGUUCCGGCGAGUCCUUCCCUCCAAUGCCUACUACAGUUGUACCUCGGGUUAACCCCUUGACUGGCUUGGAUGAAAUCGAAGAAGAGCGAACAUUCGAGCGGAUCUUUCAUCAGCUCACUACUGCGUAUGCCGCCGCUCUACAAGCGCUACCUCAGGCACACCGUCAAUUUGUGCGAAGUCUUGAAUUGGCAGAACAAGUUCGAGAACCUGAAGUUAUACAGAUGCUCUGGAACAACCUCAUUCGGCGAUGUCGCGUGUGCUUGGAAGUAUCUGAGGCACUUGGACUCCGCCUUUCCAACAUGAAGAUAAAGGAACCCGGCGGCGGGAUGCGCCACCAGCGCGAGUUCUGGCAGUUAUGCAAGGCAUUCAUGCAAUCAUUCGUUGAUCUUGUGACAGACCUGCGUGAAGUCAGGAGCAUGGAUCUGCUCCCUUCUGAGAUCAUCGUGCUCCUUCGUCCGGUGCAGAGGGCCAGCAGAGAGGCUGGUCGGCUGAUCGAGGGUUCGCCAUGGUCUUACCUCGCAGACAUGACAUCUGGAAACGCACCAGCAAACAUAUACGGGCCCCCUUUACAGUCACAACAUACACAGCAUCAGAUCAGUACAAGCCUGUCACCACAGUCUGUUACUCUUCCUGCAACACCUUUGAGUGCUGCUCUUGGUCCAGCUGCUCAGGCGACAGUGCCGUCUACCCCUGCAAGUGCGUACAGUGACAAAUUCUUCGAGGGAGAUGUGUUUCAGAGGGCCGACUCUCUACUUUCCAUGCCCAACCAGGCACCAUUCUUCAGUCGCCGGUGACGUGGCACAGCUGACCCCACUUGAUGUUUUGCCCAGGUGGGCGUUUACCGCAUAUUUAUACUCUUGUGCUACACUAUAGAGUUAUUUAUUCUCAAACUCCUUCCGACUCCUGUGGUGAGGUUUAUUAUGUUCUACAAGGCUUGAGGGCUCUUACGACCUCUUGGGUGCUCCUACUUGACUGGCUCAAGAGCGGCAUCAA